UCUCCUCCUCCUCUUUCUCACACUUCCCCCUCUCUAUCUCUCCAUCCCCUAACCCUUUCCAACUCAAUCUCCUGUUCUGCCUCCCUGUCCACCCCCCUUGCUUUUAUACCUCUUCUCCUUACAUACACAUUCACAAGACUGCAGCAGUGGGAGACAGAGAGCCUCCGUGAAUCUGUGCGUGAGUGUGAGUGUGUGUGUGUGCGUGCGUGUGUGUGGCGUGUGCCGAGAGCGUGUGGAUGUGUGAGACACCCUCAGUGAUGUGAGAACCUGAGAGAGAUACGGAGAGAGAGAUAGAGAGAGAGAUAUCCUGGACUUUUCUGGAAUCUGGACUCUUUUCCCAAGCUUCUUCAAGCAGAUCCUCACUCUGACACUUUCAUCUGCUGUGGAUGUGCAACAGCAUCCGUGUCUUUGCACUCACGCGCAUGCACACUUUCUGUGGUGUGUGCGUGUUUGUGUGUGUAAGACACAGUUCCGGCGUCACCUCGAGCAACACUGCGAGUGUCUCGGCUCCUCGAGCCUCCCCAGAGUGAUGCGCUAAGUGAACGGAGAUGUCCCAGCGCAUCGGGAGGCUGCAGCUCUCGCUCUGCUCUCAUGCUCCUCUCAGGUUUAACCCAAGAAAGAAGUGGUUGGAUUCAGCAAUAUCCUGAAGCACCAAGGGGUUACUGGGGCCAACUCUGAGUGAUGGCAGCUUUACUGGAACAUUUACCAAUACAGAUUGGCUGUGUGUGUGUGAGUGAGCAGGUCUGUGUGUAUGUGUGUGUAUGAGAGUGUGUGUAUGUGAGUAAGAGAGAAAAAUUUCCUUCUUGUCACCGCCUGAGCAUGUGAUGAUAUCUUUUUCUCUGUUAGAGAAUGAUAUAGUUCUUCUGUAUGUGACAGUGGCUUACAUUGUUUCCUCAGAAAAGAACUUUCUGGCUUGCUUGCUAGUGUAAAAAAAUUCCCAUAUUACUUUUCAACCUUUUGUCCAGGAAGACAUGAAACUCACCUCUAUUUCUCCUUCUCCUUAACCAUUUCAUUUCUCUCUCUCUCUCUCUCUCUCUCUCUGGUGGUUUCCUGCUCAUUCUCUUGCCCUCCAAAAGGUUGUAUGUUGAGGCUUUUUUUUCCUGUCACACCUUUCAAAUGUCCAUUCCUGGCAAGAUAACAAGGUUAUAUCACUGUCAAAACUCACCCAAGAAUGCAGGGUUUUUUUUUUUUUGGUUCAUUUGUCCAUGAAGACCAGAUAUUUUAAUUGCAGUUAGAUGAAUUAAACACAAAAAUCAGUACUGAUCAAGUAAUUCGCUAUUAUAUAGAUAGCUACAGCCUUGUUCACUCUCACAUUAUUUGCUUUCUUCCUCGUUUAUUCCAUUAGUCUCUCUGCUAGAUAUUCAUCUACGUCUAUUCAGCAGGAAUUACUGGGAUUCCACCCUUGUCGUCUAUUUCCAUUCAUCUGCUUUUUUAGCAGGAUUAGCUCCUGCUUCUGAUUCACAUCCUUCCCCACUGAGCAGUUGUAAUAACAGCCAUUUGAUCCUACUGUGCUCCUCCUCACUUUGAAACCGCGGUGUCUGCCAAUAAGGCGGCUAAUCCGGUGUCAUGAAGAGCGUCUUCAUGUUGGCAGCAAGAAGAAAAAACAAGGUCAGCUGAUUCCUAUACAGCAGGAAUAGUCUGAGAAUACUCAUUCAUCUCCUAGGCAUAGGUAUCCGCACAAAACCAGCUUUAUAGUGAGCUUAUAAACCCAGCUCUGCUGAAGAAGCAGCUAGGUUUGAUCAGCUAUCAGCUGCCAAAAUACAGGCAGAACUGGUAAGCCAUUUUAACCAGUUUUUAAUCUUCCUUAUUGCUUGAAUAAAUUGAUUAACAAAUGUUUGACAUUUUCCAGUUUCCUUACUAUUUUACAUUGAUAAAAAUAGCUUGUACUACAAACUGCAUCCCAAAUGAUGUACUACACACUAUGCACUAUGCACAUACAUGUCUAGUGUAUGAAUUUUAGAAGGGUAAUAUAAUCUCCCUUGGAACAUUAAAGUUUUUUCCUAACAGGAAGUUUAAUCCAUUUCCCAUUUGAUGGCAAAUGUCGUCAAACAUACAUGUCUAGUGUAUGAAUUUUAGAAGGGUAAUAUAAUCUCACUUGGAACAUUAAAGUUUUUUCCUAACCGGAAGUUUAAUCCAUUUCCCAUUUGAUGGCAAAUGUCGUCAAACACCAGUAAUUUAGAAGACAUUUCUAUCCAGCGCCAGCCCCUGGUAGCCCAGCCCCUCUUCUGCAACGUAAUCAAAGCUGCAGCUGUUGAGUGUAUGAAGUGUCCAUCAUUCCAAACUUUUGUUUUUGGUUGAAUAAGCACACGAUUCAGAUAAGCUUCAUUUAUGUCAGCCUAGCAGUGCCGAAGUGUGGUGGUACUCAUUAGUACACAAUACUUGCAUUUCUACGUUUUGCUAUUUUGAAUACUUUUUCAUAUAACACUAAUACUAAUAAGAUUAUGUCUGAAAUGGAAGUUUAUAGCGUAUAAGAGGUGUGAUUGUGUUAUUCAUAUUUAAGUGAAUAUAUAUGCGGAUCAAAAAUAUUUCAAGUGAAAAAAUCUUUAUAUUUAUAGUGAACAUAUCUUCACGUGUGUGUGAGUGAAAAACUAGAGACAGCUACAAAUUCAGUGUGUCACAAGGCCUUGCAUUUUAUCCGCCUCUAAGGCAGCUGGUGUGGAAUGAAUCGUUUAAAAUGGAAGAGUAACUGCUGCAUGUGGCACUCAUCAGAAAUGUUUGAAUUGGCCUGAAUGGAGCCAGAGGAUGACAUAAUGUCAGCUUGGAAUGAGAGUGACCCUGAAUUCACCGGAUGCGUCACAUAAGGGCGGGUUUAUACUUGCCUUUAAUUAGGCAUAUGCAAAAUGGUAGCAACAUGUAUCCGGCAUUUUUUUUUUCUGUGCAUUUUGUGCAGUACUAGUAUAAAUAAAAGUGGAGGCAGUAAAAUGAGACAAUGUGACACCAGAUUAAACAAACAAGAGCUGUGCUUCAAACUGCACACUUCAGCACUAUUACAGACUUUAUAGAUCUUCUAUAUUAGUAAAUAAGUGUGAAUGUAUGGUCAUGGUUCUUGUUUUGAGAAGCAGUUUAGGACAAUUAUCACAAAAAUGGCAUAAAGUUUUAAAGAGAAACUAUUAUAGUUCUUGCACUGUUUAACAUUUAUGCGUACUGCUGCUGCUGCUGCAAAAAAGUGUUGUGAUAAAAUCGAUAAAGAUGUUACACGCUUCUAAGGGUUGCAGCUGCUUGGUAAGAGUGGCGUGUCAUUUCUAUCGGUCCAAUCCACAUUUCACGUGUGCUACUGGCAUGUGCUGGUUAUCAGGAAAACUAAUGCCCAAAGGCACAACCUUGUCAGUGAAACAUGACAAACAGGGAUAUCUACAGCUGAAGCUGGUCCAGCACUAAUUAUAAAACAUUAUGAAAACAUGGCAUGAGACUAUGAGACUGUUCAUCUUGUUCUUUUACUAGAUAUUUAAGAUUAUUACUAACAUGCAAAAACUACAUCAUGGCAUUUUUUUAGAUUGCUAUUUUAAAUAAAGCAUAUAGGAAAGUCGAUUGUGUGAUUGUAAUGAAUUUCUACUGAGCUAAGUGAAAAAGAAAUAGAGAUGAAGCCUAACUGGGAUACAGCAUGUUUUAGUUUGACACACCUCUAAAAUCUGUCUUAUAAUUGAUGUGUCACAUGAGAUGUGUGGGCCCUCAGGGUCAAAAUGAUGUUACAACAAAAGACACAAUCCUGCAUUAGGCUUUGUAUGGUUGUCCAUCACCGCUUUGUGCAUAGGAACAUUUGUGUAUCUACAUAGUAGUGGUACAUGGAAAGCACAACAAAAAUGGAGGGAUUUAGAGAGACUGCUAGCAAAAAAAUAAAACCUGAAAAACCACUCAUCCAUGAGGAACUAUAUAGACAAUCCCAUAACUUUUAGACAAAAUUUUUUAAUGUAAUUACCAAAAUCCAGUCAAAUGCUCUGGAGUUCACACCAAGCUAACUUUUCAGCUAACUUCACUUUUCACUUAAUGGCAGUGCCCUUGGGACUUUAGAUUGGUCGACCAUGUGGAAUAAGCUUAACGCUACACUAGCUUCAGAAAUCAUUACACUUUUGGCUAGGCUAAGGUUUAGGGCUACUGCAUCAUCAACACAGAGUCCAGUGGAGGGGGAGAGAUCAGCUCGAGCCACUCACACACCACCUGCAACCUGGGAUUAUGAAGAGAACGAUAAAUGAGGAAGAGGAUUAGAUACAUUAUGUCUAAUGGGAAGGGGGGGGGUGGAGAGAAAAGCACCAUGAAAUAGAACUCUGUCAAAAUGAUUUUGCUUUGUAGAAGGAUUUUUUUUAAAUAAAACAUUUAAGGGACUUUGUGCACAGAGAUUGUAAAGGGAAAUGAUCAUCAAUGCCAGUAAAUGAAAUGUGGCAACAGCCUCCUUUUAAACAGAUUCCAUUCUUUUGUACUACAAGUAUACAGAUGUACAGAUUAAAGCAGACUGAGGAAUAGCAUUUCACUUAACACACAGUAAUAUGAUAAAAUUAAGAAUUGUAAAGAUAAUUGCAAAAACUCCUCCAAACAAUGACUAUUGUUAUUAGCAAAAGCUUUUUUUUUUUUUUUUUUUUAGCAAUAAAGCACAUGCCAAUAAAUCAGUUAAAUCAGUACAAAAUCUGAAGUCAUCUAAGUGUGCCUUCUAAAUUUGCUAGCUGUAAAGGGCCAUUCUGCUGUAAAAUGUAAGGGUGGGGUUAACCUAGUCUAAAAUGAAUGGGUGGGGCUAUUCUACUGUAAAGAGAAUGGGUGGAGCUAUCUGAUUGUAAAAUGAAAGGGCCAGGGCUAUCCUGAUGUAAAGGGAAUGGGUUGGUCUAUUCUCUGGUAAAGUAAACGUUUGUGGCUAUCUAUCACCUGUGAAAGGGUGGAUGCAAAACUGGACUAAAGUCAGUGGGUGGGGAUAUCCUGUUAUAAAAUGAAUAGGUAAGACUAACCUGCAGUUAAGUGAAUAGGUGGGGCUAUCCUGCUGUAAACAAAAUAAUGGGACCCUUUUAAUGCCAUAUGCAUGUCAAAAUGUGUGUCUAGAAAUAACCUUUACUUUUUAAAUACAGCUUCAUAUGUAACAAAAUACGAAAAAAAAAAAAUCCAUCCUGCUGAUUUUUCUGUGUUCUAGCAAAUACUCUCAAGUUUAGAUUAGAUGGCUCCUUUAAUCUUUGCUCAUGUUGCCCUUGCAUGUAAAAUGUAUGUACUGUGCUGUCAUAUAAUUAUUAUUUUUUUAUUAUUUAUAAUUAAAUGAUCUGUGAUCCAUGUUCAUAAGAACUAAUAGCAAGCCAGAACAAUAAGUGAUAAACAGUCCACCAGGUGUUGCUCAAAUGAAAAUACAGAUAAAUUAUGCAUAAUGAGUACAUAAUGUCUUAUAUAAAGAUGACAGUACAGAAAAGAAUAACAUAAGUAAGAUUAAUUUUUCUUUAAUCUUAAUUCAAAAAUAGCGCCACCUCACAGGUGUGCCACAAGCAUGAUGUUAAUUGAAUUAUCAAAUCAAUGAAUCAAUCAGACAUUGCCAUCUGUUUACAACAGAUAACAGAUGGCAUUACCAAAUGAGAGAUAGGUGAGGCUGCAGAGGCUGAUAGGAGCCUUGGGCAGAUCUUGAGCAAAAGUUAGCGUCUAUGUGCAAUUCUGUUACAGUUCAUACAUCUAACUUCCAUCACUAAAUGUAUGCUGUAUGAUCAUAUUAUUAGAUUUGGUCAGUAUCAUUUGCCAUAUCACAUUUUGCAACGUAUUUUGUGAGCAGUACAUUAAAUCUCUCCUUUCAUAUUUUCACUGGUUAUCUGUUUCACAGAGCUGUCUGCUUACUAUUUGAAAGGCUGAAUAGAAUUGAUGGUAUCAAGAGGACAGCUUCAUGAUAUAGUGAGGAUAAGUGUAUUACUGUCUACUCAGAUGAGCUUACACAGUGAAAAUCAGACACCUAAAGACCCCGAGGCUGCUGGGCAGCUAAAACCAUGGACAUUAAUAGUCUAAGUAAUUAGGUUGUCCAGAGAUGGUCUAAACUGAUAUUAAUUGAUGAAUUAAGAGUGGAAUGUCAAAAAAUCUGAGAAGUCACCUAGCAAUAGCAAACGUUGUACUGUGAAUCAGUCAGAGAAAUGAGACUGACAUGAGUUUGCCAUAAACCUAUUUCUCCAUUCACUGACAUAGAUAACAUUGUUCACAGCAUAUCAAAUCAUAUCAUUUGGAUGGUGAAUUAGAUCUUCAACAAUGAGUAGGUAAGUUCUAUCCUGAUGUUUCUUUCAUUUGUUUUAUUUCAAGUUCAUGCAUAGUCAAUUGUGUGAUAUUGCAUAUAUUGCAUGCAUAACUUAACAUAACAGAAUAGUACACUGAAGGAUGCUUUAUUGAUAUUGGGCCUUUUUUUUAUCAUAAAUGCUAGUGCACUCGGGAAAUCUGUGGCUAUGUUUUGUUUUAAUAAGAAAUACAUAAGUGGCAUCACUGAGCCAGUACAGGAAUCAUACCCUAAAAACAUGCCGUUCUUGUAGUGCGACGAUUCACUCUGAAGCCUUUUCAAGGUGCUUCAUAGUAAUGCAAGGAAACCAUGUUUUUAUAAUUGAAAGGGAAAUAUGUGGCUCCUCACCAAGGAAGUACCAGAAAUUUAAGUGAAAUAUACCUCCUCAAACUGGAAGCCAGAAAUUGUAUUUUUUAAUUUAUCAUACAGGAAGCAUAAAAAAAUAGCGACUGUAUGUACAGUGUAGGUCCUGUAAAUCUAUUUAAUUAACCUGUCUCAACUUAAUAGUCUUUCUAAUGAAUCAAUUUAGUUAAAUAAACAGUCUCAGUAAUUAUGUAUCUUACAUUUUAUUGAUUGAUAUGAUUUAAUUCUUAAUCUUUAACUAAUAAAAUAAAUAAAUUAAAAUAGUUUAACUUCCAGCAAUAUUCGAGUAUUUAGACAAGUCAACAGGAUUCAGUCUAGCUGAAACCUCUGGCACAUUUAAGACUUUCUGAAAUUUGGCCUGCCUUGACGUAUUCUGUCUUCUUAAGGUGUUAUCGAUCUGUCUCAAACUGCUUACGGAUUUUGUAAGGAAAAGUGUGUUCAGUUGACACAUAACGUGAUUUUCAACAAAAAUUGCUCUGCUUACAAUUAAAACAGGCUAAAAAAUAGUGAGAGUCAAAAUAAAAUGCAAAGUGGAGUUUAGUAUUGUUAUAUUUGCAUAGUUGCACACAAAGAUUUAGUGAAAACGUGCAAAAUAUUUUUUAUUGUGAUUCAAAAUUUACUUGAUCAGAAAAGCAUAGAUUUGUCCAUUGCAUAAUUAAUCAGAAUGAUCUUUGGCUGCAGCUUUUGGUAAAAUGGCUUUUAGAUGCACUUGCAGCUGCAAGUGUUCUGGGAUUAUGCCUAUAUCAGCUUUGCACAUCAGUGUGCUGAUAUUUUUGUCCAUUCAUCCUGGUAAAAUUGUGUAAGCUGUGUCAUACUGGAUGGAGAUCUUUGGUGAACAGCAAUUUUCAAAUUUUGGGUUCUUGGUUUUUAACCACUUCAGUGUUGAAUUAUGCUUAGGGUCUCUGUCCUGUGGGAAAUAGUCUUUGACCAGUUUCAUAUAAUGAAACGCAUCCCCACACCAUGAGGCUACCACCACUAUGCUUCAGGGAAUGGUCUGCUCAAAGUGAUGAACAAUGUUGCAUUUCUGCCAACUCCAAACAGAAAUUUAUAUGAGUCAAAAGCUGUUCAAAGGACAUAGUCUGAACAUUCCACAAAACUGGACUGUAUGCUGGAGUGGUGACCAAAAUCCCAUUUGAUGUUUGCCAAAAGGCGUGUUGGAGAUUAAGCAUCUGGUGCUAAUCUGAUUACUGUGCUCUACAUAUCUAUUUAUAUUAGCAACCAAACAUGUCUACACCAUAAUAUGAGGUGGUUGAUUUAGAUCUUGAGCAAUUACUUCCCUUUUCCAUACUCUUCUCUUUCCUUCAUUCUGGCAAGUUGAUAUUUGACUCAUCUGUUCACCGGAUGUUGUUCCAGAACUGCUAACGCUUUUUUCUUAGAGGUUUGGCAAACUCUGGCCUUUCCUGUUUUUGAUAAACCCUCUGUAUAUCAUGCUGGUAAAGUGUUCGCUUGAUUGUUGCUUUUGACACAGAUACACCUACCCCCUUGACACAGAUACACCUACCCCCUGGAGGGUGUCCUUGACAUAGCCAACUGUUAUGAAAGAGUGUUUCUUCACCACGGGAAGAAUUAUCAUGCCAUCCACCACAAUUGUUUUAUAUAGUUUUCAGGGACUUUUCUGGGUGUUUCUCAGCUCAUCCAUGUGUUCUUUCUUUUAAAGAGUGCACUAAACAGUUGAUUUCACCACAGAUAACAUGACAUACUAUAUAUACAUGAAAUGUAAUUGCAGGUAAGCCCAUUUCAAUUCCAGGAUCUAGCACGACAAAAUAUGGAAAAGAUCAAGUGGAUGAAUACCAAUUCAAGGCACGAUACAUCUCUAAGUUCUCUAAGGGACCAUUACAGUGCUAAAAUUUACAUCUAUUCUAAAUCUUUCAUGGGUAGCAUGGCAAACAAACAACAGGCAGGCUGAGGUUCACGACUAUGUAUCAACUGCCAUGUCUUCAUCCCUCUUUUCUAUAGUCUAUUACUCACCAGGUUAUGUGAUUUUUUAAGCAGUCACUUUAUAUUCUCCUAAUAACAGCGCUGUCACAAACUACAAAACUGACACAUUUUGCCUGUGACAAUUUGUCCAGUAAACAAAGUCUAUUUUUGCAGCAACCCUCCCUAACUGCCUGGCUGUGCAAGUGAGUUUCCAACCAAUUGUUAAUUUUUGAAGCAAAGGCCAGGUGUUAUGUUCUCUCCCUCAAUAAAUUAAGUCAAUCAGAAAUUCUGAGACAUGAUUAUUUUAAUGGUAGAUGUUUUACUUGUGAUACAGUUACAAAUGUGGCAGUUUAAUUAGAAACAUAUGAAAUACUGUACUAUUCAGGAAGAUUUUAAACCUCAUCAAGCAUAGACCCUCAUCUCUAAUGCUACCAGAUUGUCUUAAUCUUAAUUAAUGUUUUCUGUUUCUGUAUUUGUUUAAAAAAAAUAAUGGGAAUAAAUAUUCUAAUACCACAAAAGCCCUAUCAGCAUGCAUGUAUCUACUUCAUUCAGCGCUUUUCUACACACCAAGCAUAGCUAUAGAGAUGAAUCUAAAUUCAGCAAGCUCAAUGUCAGUUGUGACUUCCACCUCUAAAUAAAACAGGGAGAAAAAUGAGCUUUGACUGCCAGGAUGUCAUGAGUUAAGCAAUAAAUAAAACUAGGCCAUCUGUGCUGAAGCUGCAAUCACUGUCAUUUUAUGCACUGUAUUUCCCCAUCUCCUUCUAUCUCUCUCCCUCUCACUUAGGAGUGAUGGUUAGUAAGGAGGCAGGCCCCUGCGUCCUGUCAAAUUCAGAGUCGGACUCAGAGGCCGGAGGUCCAACCCUUGGAAGUGAGAGAAGUAAAAGUGGGGACGUAGUGCACAAAAGGAACAAAGCCCUGCAGGUCCGCUUCAAGGACAUCUGUGAGGCCCAGAAUGAGGCAGCACGUCUAGCCCGGGGUGCCAGGGCGCGCUCUGUUUCAUGCAAGGUCGUACAUACAAGGUACAUGACCAUGCCGGCACGCCGCUCCAUACCUAAUGUGACUAAGAGCACAGCAGUGCAAACCUCACCUGAAUUAAAGAAGCAUUAUCAGACCUUCCCCUUUGAACGCAAAAAGGGGCACACUAUCAAACACACAGCACUGGUGGAGAACUAUGAGAACCAAAACAAUGGGUUCUUAAGUGAAGUGCAAGCUACUGUAGAGGAAAGGCCACGUGGGGCAAGGGUUCAAAAGACUCGAGUGCUUCUGCACAGUAUGCCACCAUGUGCUGAUGUGCAGGAUUUGUGCCCAGAUAGCAGCCUUGAUUCUUCAGGUCAAGGCCGGGAGAUAGAUUCAAACCUGCACCAACCAGACUCAAAGGAAGAAGAGUGUGCCCCAGGAAGUAGCUCCAAGCACAAAGGAUUAACCAAUCAGGGUGAAGUGGGAGCAGAACAAGAGCCCAACUGCACCAAAAGUUCCUCCUCAUCUUCAUCAACACAACCUCUGCAGGACAGAGGUGCCAUUUCAAAGGUCACAGGCCCCAUUGCAUGGACAUCUUUGACACAAGUGGAAUGUCUGGACAGUCCCUCAGUGCAAUGCAAGCGUAAGAAAGAACCUGGGCCAUUGAAUGGUCUGCAGUCUCAGACCCUACCACGUGCAGCCAGCUGCCCCACCCAGGAUACCAGUCAGGCUCACUUCCAUGGUAGCUAUGGCUUUGGUAGUACGGAUACCCGAGGAGUCACCAGGAGUCAUGUGUGCGGGCAGAUGAUUCCACUGCCUGGGGCAGAUGGAGACGUGAAAGCCCGACUGCAGGCCAUGGAGACUCUCAUCAGCUCAAGCCAGGAGACCAUUAAAGUGCUGCUGGGGGUCAUUCAGGAACUAGAGAAAGGAGAGGCACAGCGAGAAGGCCGACUAUCAUACCGAACAGGGCAGGAUACAGCCAACUGUGACACGUGCCGCAAUAGUGCCUGCAUCAUCUACAGUGUGGAGCUGGACUUUAAGUUGCAAGAGGAUAAGCUCCAGCCACUGAUGAAAAGACUGUGUCCAGCAGUAGACCCGCCCUACCCUUCUCUGCCUUAUACGCAUGAAGUGUACACUUCCACCCCCAAGCGCAAGUCAAAGGCUGAAGCCAAGAAGCAUGCACGCUGGAGACUCUGGUUUCUCUGAAUCGAGGCUUUCACCUCUUUCUUAUUUCCAGCAUUCAUGCGCCAUAAUGCCACAAGAACAUCCAGAGCCCAAUCUGUCAAAAUCUGCACUAAUACACAGAAAUACCACAAUCCAGUGUUUGGAGGUUGCAGCACUUGGGUUGCAUUUAGACAUUGGAUUUUAAUGGGGAUUUGCAUUUGUUUUCAUUCUGUCAUCUUUAAUAACGGUCUGGAAUCAUGUUUAUCAAAAGUUUUUUUUUUUUUAAAUAUAUAAAGUUACAUGUGAUGAGUAUGGUAAUGAUAGCCAGCAAUUUGGAUAGCAGAGACUAGGGCUGCUCCAAAAAAUCUCUACUUUUCUUGUCCUAACUCUGUCUACUUCUGCAGGGGCUCUAUAGAGUGGAACAAAUAACCUUCAUAAGUAGUUCACCAUAAUUCUACUUUGGACAGUCAUCUAAGACAUCUAGUCAGGAAAGCACAAACUUUGGGAAAAAUAUAAUGAAUGUUCAAUCUAAAGUUUUCUUUCUUUCUUUCUUUCUCUCUUCCUUUCUUUCUUUCUUUCUUUCUCUUUCUUUCUUUCUUUCUUUCUUUCAUUUAUUGAAAUUGUUCAUAUUUUUAGUUGUUUUGAAAGAUUUUGUGUAAAUGCAGAAUUAAUUGACUGCAUGCACAAUACAUGGCUUUAUACAUGAGUACUUUAGUUCAUAGCUAACUUUAUAUAGCUUCCGUUACAAAUGUCGAGACUUUUAUGUUUAUAAUUAGAUGUUGGGGAGUUGGCUGUUGAGAAGUAAUUAUGUCAGUAGUUUGUAAUAUUCUGUGAGCUCAAGAGGAACUGACUUUCUCAAAAAACAUUUUCUAUAAAUUGUACUGACUUUUGAUUUCAACAGUAGUCUGUCUUUCAUACUGAACAACAUCGAUGGUAGUGUGGCCGAGGAUUGUCCAAACAUUAUUGUAUGAAUUAUUGUAUGUUUUCAGGCGAAUUUACAUGGUAUUUUCUACAAUUAACGUCAAACACUGGGAUAAAAACACAAACACUGGAACGGUACCUGCUUAUUUGUGUACAAACUCAAAACCUGAAAUCCCUCAAGACCUAAAAAGUGAAACAAGACAGACAAAAAGGGCUAUGUAAAUAUCGUAUUUAUAUCAAUUUAAGCAGUUAUUAAUUGUCAGCUUUGUAUUAGCUACUUGAGAAAAGUCGACUUCCCUCAAGCCAUUACAUAGCCUACAUCUACUUCAAUGCUAAAUGCAGUAUAUUGUUAGGAACCAAUCACUUGAUGUCUAGACAUCGGUCAAACCAUAUAUUUUUUAUAAUUCAUACACAUAUUAGUUUAGAUUUACAGUUGAAUUGCACAGUGUGGACUAGCUGUAAGUGUAGCAUAAUGAGACACAGAUGCAUUGCUUAACCUUUGAGAAAGUGCAAUUGAUUUAUAUUGUGCAAUAUUCUACAUUUUAUACUCUUUCUAC